CAUUCGCUUCUAAUCUGCCUGGCCUAGUAUGUUGGUCUGCUCGUUCACUCGCGCCGUAGCAUAUCAAAACACCGCACAACCGUGCUGUUUAAGCGGGGGAAGACCUUCUCUCUUUGACUGUUCGCGAAAGCGCGUAAAGCCUGUUCCUAUGGCUAAGUGAUAGACUAGCGACCUGGCGAUCUAGGUAUGGGCUGCGCAUCUAGCUCCGCGGCAGCGGCCGAGGAGGACCGGGCCACCUUCGAUGGGGUCGCCGGUGGACCAAACAAGCCCACGAAACAGUACAUGCGGCCAAAGUGGAAAACACAGGAGCCUAUGACCGCGUCGCAGCUGAAGAAGAAGCGCGAGGAGUUCUGGGACACCCAGCCGUACUACGGAGGUGACAGAGUUAUCUGGGACGCCCUGAAGGCAGCGUGCGAGGCUGACCAGGAAACUUGCAAGCUAAUCAUCGAAAGUGCUGGGAUCAUCGUGGCGGCUCCGGACAUGACCAUCUGCUACGACGAGCGCGGCGCCAAGUACGAGCUACCCAAGUAUGUUUUGGCAGAGCCGGUCAACCUGACAAAGGACGAAUGAGCGUUUGUAGUAUGUGGAUGGAGCAAACCAAAUUACAGCACUGGCUGGGGCGCAUCUUCCGUUGGCCACGGUGCUCCGCCACCGCUGCUUUUGCACUGACUGGGGGUAUUACAGCGCGAGAGUAUGGAGGUAUCCACGUGGCGGAAACACAACCACAAAGGGGACGGAGGUCAAGCAGGAAUUGCAGAUCAAGUACAUGCAUAACGGUUGGUUGAGAGUUUGGGACUGAACAGGACUCAGUGUGACGCGGACAUGAACACUAGGUGGCUACGUGGUCGUGAUACUGAUAUCCGGCGUCAGCGUUGGGUGGAUGGGGCCCGAUAUGACGUGGGCUUACGCAAUAGGAGCGUAGGGCCUCCCUCUCCAACUGAUGAAUGACAAACUGUAUGCAUGUUUCAACGGCAUAUGCGACAAUGCUGGGUAGAUGCAAGGAUGAGAGGCUGCGGUGGGAUUCCUUCUAGGCGCAUGCUCUGCUUCCCCGCUGCAGGGAUAUGUCACAAUGGUGGGAGGGUCGUCGAAGCUGUGCAGUUUAUAGUGGAGCCCAUAUCCCUAUGGCACAUUGGCACGACAUGUGUGCACCGGAUGAGGCAGAGGCAGGGCAGCCCCUGGGCUAAGGUCAUUUGAACGCCGUCUGUGAGGACAGGAGCAAAGCGCCGUUGAUAUGGCUUGAGCACAACCAGCGACCUAGGUACUGGUACGGGCUGUGCAUGUAGCUCCGCAGCGGCGGUCCAGCGGCCUAAGAGGACUUUCAAUGGGUUCCGUGCUGGAGUGGCGAUGGCGAAGCCCACGCAACAAAGUUGAGGACUAAAUGACAGCGUGCUU